CCAUGCCCGCACCGCAGCGUGUAUCUCCCGCUUCGCCUCCUGCAACAUUGAAUGGUAGACCACAUCCCACAAGUCCGGAGACUAGUGCAAGGUCCAUUCCGCUCGAUGCUACCCCGGAAGAAGAUCACGAGGAGGAAAACCCAGCGGGAAUGCGUUCACCAACGGAUAGUGCGGGGCGGAAGAGUAGGAGUGGGACUAUGGAUAAAAACUUCAAGUUCCCUCCAUCGAACACCUCUCCACCAACGAGUGUCAGCGAAGCACCCAAGCCAAAGCCAGACCCACCCUCACCCCCCGGGCUCGAAACAACCGGAGCAGCGGCUCGUGAGGCUCAGGACGGUGAAUUAACACCUAUCAGCUUUGUAGUUCCAUCAAGUGUGGAAGUUCCACCACCCCCUCCCGUGGAAAAAGAGAAGCCUGCUCAGGUGGUAGAUGAUGGAGAAGAGGAAGUGGGUGAGACGGAGGAGAUUGCGCUCAAUUAGAUGUUUGUUUUCCCGUUCCGGCCUCUUGUUAUUUUUUUUUACUGUAAAUACAUCGAUGUUGUAAAUAUUCAACUCCCU